CAACGGCAAAUACAACUGCUACUGCUUUUACUGCUGUCUCAGUCAUGGUCAUUGCCCGCUAGCGGUUCUUAUUACAUCUGGAGAUUUCCCGACUCAGUGUCCGACUUUGGCAUAUGUUGUGACAUUUGGAGGCUGGCACUCAAUUUAUGGCCUCACCUUUUUUUUGUGAAAACUAUGUCUAUGCCUAUUUGGCGCAUUGAAACGAGUGACAGACCCAGACCCAGACCCAGGCUCAUGCUCAGGCUUAGGCUAAGGCUAAGGCUCGAUCAUGGGCACAGCUGGGGCUGGGGACCUCAAGCAGUUCGAGUGCGUAGCGUAGUUAAACAUUCGUUUUUGAGCCUUUCACAGUCGCAAGAUAUCGUGAUGGCAACCCUGCAAGCAUAUUUAACGUCCCCAACAGUUUGUUGCCAACUAAUGCAAAUAAAUUGUGAACAGUCACUUUCAACGAACAGUUACAGCAAAUCCCAGAGCCAAAUUGUCAGCGUGCUCAUCAUCCCGAGAAGACGUAGUCACAGCCUAAGACAGAGACGACGUCUAAGUCUAAGUCUAAGACUAAGUCUAAGUCAUCAUCGUCAAUCCACAAUCGUCAUCCCCAUCAUUGUCGUCGUGGGCUUAACAAAUCGAGAUUAAUGCUGUGCAUUUGAACAAAUGAACAAAUGAUUGCUGUGACAUUAUUACCCAAUAAUAAAGGCAACAUAAUAUAACACAAA